AUGGGUUGUUUAUGUGCAAAAGAUACAGAUAAAGAAUCCUUUCAUGAAACAGUACAAAAAAAAACAUACAGUUGGGAUAAAAAACGUAAUUCUUCUUUUGAUUCCAAACAAUUUAUUAUUGAAAAUUUGGAAAAUGAAGAAGAAAUUAAAAUACCAGGUUCAAUUAAUGGCCAACAGUUUAUUAUACAAAAUUGUAAAGAUUCCACUAUAUAUAUAUUUGAUUUUAUAAACACAAUAACAAUAGACGAUUGUAUCAACUGUAAAAUAGUUUUGGGUCCAAUUUUAGGAAGUGCAUUUAUUCGAAAUUGCAAGUCGUGUUCAUGCGUUAUAGCUUGCGGUCAAUUUCGUAUGAGAGAUAGCAUGAAAAUAAGUGUCUUCUUGUUUUGUGCGACUCAACCGAUAAUUGAAGCAUCAAGUGAUAUUUAUUUUGGAAGCUAUCAAUUAUAUUACAAUGGAAUUAUUGAUCAUUUUGCAAAAGCUAAUUUAAACUCGGCCAAUAAAAAUUGGAAAUUCAUAUAUGAUUUUACUCCAGUGCAAUUUAAAGAAAAUUGGAAUUUAAUUAAAAAUGAAAAAAUAACUGAUUACAUAACAGAACCCAAACUAGAUGUAACUAAAAAUGAAUUACAAAAACUGGGGCAUAAUUGGUCAUUUUUUGAAAAAAUAAUUUAA